GUGCCCUGUCCUGUGUCAGACAGUGGAAGUGUAGCUGACACAGGCCGGACUGCGAAAGCACAGCUUAAAUUACCUCUGCAGGUAAAUUAUGUCUGUGAAACACGCCAUUAGCCGGGGGCUCGAGUUGGGCCGGUCGGUCUUUCAGCUGGGUCUCCUCAAAUCCGGUGGCCGAGUCGCAGCAAAGCUCCGAGCUGACCGUUUUCGUGUAGGCCCGUCGGUCCGCACCGUUCAGCCUCAGGCUUUCCUGCCGUCCCGGUACCGCUAUUACCGCACCUCUCUGAAGGGUCUGGCGGCUCAGCUCCAGUCCGCCGGCUUCAGGAGGAGGUUUACCGGCGCAUCCCCGCGAAACAGGGCCGUGUUUUUGGCUUUCGGUCUCGGCGUCGGGCUCAUCGAACAGCAGCUGGAGGAUGACAGAAAGAGUGCGGCGACAUGUCAGGAGAUCCAGGCUGUAUUUAGGAAGAAAAGAUUCCAGAGCCCACUCAAGCCAUUCACCGCAGGAUAUAAACUGGAAGAUUACAUUAUUGGGAACCAGAUCGGGAAAGGCUCCAAUGCCGCUGUGUACGAGGCUGCAGCUCAGUUUGCCCCUCCGAAGGAACGUGACAGCAAGUGCACCCUGGUGCAGCUGAGAGAAGACGAAGAGGAAGGAGAGAAGACUCGAUCUCUGACAUGCUGCUCGCUGAGGAACUUCCCCUUGGCUAUCAAGAUGAUGUGGAACUUUGGGGCAGGUUCAUCAAGCGAGGCUAUAUUAAAAUCCAUGUCACAGGAGCUGGUGCCUGCAGGCCCCCUGGCCUUAAAGGAGGAAAAAAAACAAAUUACUGUGGAUGGACAAUUUGGAGUCCUGCCCAAAAAACUGUCAGCUCACCCUAAUGUGAUCAGAGUGCACCGGGCUUUCACAGCAGACGUUCCAUUGCUACCAGGUGCCCAGGAAGAGUAUCCAGAUGUGCUGCCAGCCAGGCUUAACCCUGCCGGCCUGGGCAACAAUCGCACUCUUUUCCUGGUCAUGAAGAACUAUCCGUGCACAUUGCGACAGUACCUGGAAGCGUCCACGCCAAGCCGCAGGCAGGGCUCUCUGAUGGUGCUGCAGCUCCUCGAGGGGGUCGACCAUCUGUGCAGACAGGGUGUCGCUCACAGAGAUCUCAAGUCAGACAACGUGUUGUUGGAAUUUGACUCAGAUGGUUGCCCUCGUUUAGUGAUUACUGACUUUGGCUGCUGCCUGGCCCAGAGGGACGCGAGUCUACAGCUGCCCUUUAACAGCAUGUGGGUCAGCAGAGGAGGGAAUGCCUCGCUUAUGGCACCUGAGGUGGCCACUGCAGUUCCUGCGUCUGGUGUGGUGAUUGAUUACAGCAAAGCAGAUGCCUGGGCGGUGGGUGCCAUCUCCUACGAGAUAUUUGGGCAGCGUAAUCCGUUCUAUCGAGCAGUGGGACUGGAGAGCAGGAGUUACCAGGAGAAGCAGCUUCCUUCUCUGCCCUCCAGCGUUCCAGCUGAUGUGCAGUUCGUGAUCCGAUUACUCCUCAGGAGGAACCCAAACAAGCGCCCCAGUGCCCGUGUCGCAGCUAAUAUGCUACAUCUGAGCCUCUGGGGACGGAAGGCCCUGGUCGAUCAGGACAGUGCAGGGAUGAGGAAGCUGGCUGACUGGCUGAUGUGCCAGUCUGCUGUGGUUCUCCUGAAGGGCUGCAGUGGACCCAGUGGGAACAGGGUGGAGGCGGAGCUUCAGAGGAGCUUUCUGGCUAACCUGGACCUGGAGGACCUGCGCACCGCUGUGGGCUUCCUGCUGUAUGGACGAGACCAGCGUCAGGCCUGCAUACUGUCUGCAUAGAUACACUCAAACACAUAACUUAGAGUCUUUAGACUGGGAUACUAGAGUUAAAACUUGCUUUUGUAUUCAGUGAAACAUCUAUAUUUGGAAGAUUUAGAGUCUCAGUCAGAGGUGCAAACGCACCAUACUCUCACACUGUUAUUCAUCCUCUGUGACAGUGAGUGUAUUCCAGGAUUUAUUACAGAGUGUCAAAGGUGUAAUUCACCUUUUUGAUAUUCCUGGUCCACCCUAACCCAGUGCUGUUUGUGCUGCUGUAGGUGCUGAUCUGCAUUUCUCGGAAUGAGUUCUCACAAAUUUCUGAAUUAGUUUCACUCUGCAUCACUACACCAUCAGUGGGAGUUUAACAAAGUGCUACUAGUACCCCUAAUGCAAAAUGCAAUGUGUGUUUUGAGUGCAGUGCAUCAUUGACAAUAGAGACUAUGCAGCUGGAGAAAUAAGCUCGGCAUCCCUGUGCUUUCUGUGUUUGAUAUCUCCCUGAAUUAGUCUUAAAUUAAUUUAGGACGAAAUAUACUACUGGUCUCUGGUAAUUCUAAGCAUGGAUAUUUUCUUUUACAAGCCCUAAUGCACUAUUCAAAUAUUUGUUAGGCAAGAUAAAGGUGAAGGCCAAUACAGAUAAUUUAAAGUAAUAAUAUACUGUACUUGUUGGACUCUACUGUGUAG